CGGUCAUGUGAUCAGCUGUGUCCAAUCACAGCUGAUCACAUGGCACUGAUGAUCAGUGUGCCCUGAUGAUCAGUGUGGCCCCAGAAGUGCCACCUGUCAGUGCUCAUCAGUGCCACUGCCCAUCAGUGCCACAUCAAUGCCACAUAUCAGUGCAUACCAGUGCACAUCAAUGCCACAUAUCAGUGCCCAUCUGAGCUGCCUUUCAAUGUCACCCAUCAGUGCCAGUCAGUGCCACCUAUCAAUGCCAAUCAGUGCCACCUAUCAGUGCUGCCAAUCAGUGCCACCUAUCAGUGCCAGUCAGUGUCGCCUAUCAGUGCGCAUCAGU